CUACAAAUACUAUUACUAGUGAAGCGUUAAGCAGGAACACGAGAACGUAACACUGAAGUCCUGAAAAUAUGCACAGAAAUAUUGAAGAUCAGCUCCACUGGCACUACAAACAAAAUUGCGCAGGCUUUUUGAAGGCUGAAGACGGACUGAGGCUUGCUGUUUUUUCGAAAACGUCUUGAGAUUUCUUUUCGAGUCCAACCGGUUGGUUUGAUUUGUUUGUAAAAUGGCCGAUCCACUUUUCCCAGCGAAGAGGAGCAUAUUUGUGAAAACGUAUUCGAAGAUUCGGCCACUCCAAACAUUCGAUCCUGAUCCUCUAAAGAGUUUUAAGAAUACCUGCGGUGCAACACCUAUUCUUCGAACAGGCAAACCAUUUCCUUUCAUCCAACCAGCAAACUCUAUUGCACCAACCCUGGCUCCAGCUAACUCACCAUCAUCAGAUACCUCUAGCUCAGAGACCCCUGAUGUUGAAAUGAUUUCCAACGAGGUAGAGAAGAAACUCGACACUGAAGAGGAAGAUGAAAAAUCAUUCAUCACCUUAACUCCCACUUCCAAGAAAACAAGCAAAAAGCAGAGCAAGAAGAAAUCGUACAGCCCAUUGAAGAACAUCAGCAAUGUCAUCAAGGUGAUGCAUCCCAGAAAGACAGCACCUAAACGAGUUGUCUCUCCAUUUAUGUGGACAAGCACCAAAUUAAGGCCACAAGGUCAGCUAGCCUCAAUCCAGGAAUCAGACCAAGAAUCUGUAUCAAGCGAUGAUCAGGAAUGUACAAACGACGCAAAAGACGAGUCAAAAGGGACUGCAUCCAACAGGAAACCUGACAGGAUAAGUAAUCUACCCAAAGGUCCUCAUCACACAAAGAAGCUUGUCAGCCAAGACAUCCAGACAGGUGCACAGGGCAUUCCUUUGCACAGCCAGAAAAGAAGCAAAGAUUCCCCUAUGAUGGUGGAGGGCCGAGGUGUGUUUACCAGUAGCUACAGCAGUACAAUGACUGAUCAGAGAUCUACACAGAUGUAUGGAUCACAAACUGAUGAUGAAGAUGAUAUGAGCACUGUCACUUACACCAGACAAUCAGGAGAGACCUCUGAUGAAUCCACCAUGGUGAUUUCAGAUGUAGCCACAGAUGACAAUGAUUCCAUGACUACAGCCACUGUCAAGGAAGAGGAAUUCUCAGACAUUGAAAUACCCAGGGAUUUCCCAGGUACAACAACAAGAGUGAUGCAACAACUGACCCCAACAGUCGCCAACUUGGUUCUACCUGAGGCAUCAGAACGAAAAACACUCAGGAAGACCACUGUAUCCACUGCAAAAGCAAUGCCAAAGAAACGCUCCAGUGUUUGGAGCAACAGGAAGCCGACCGUGAAGACCAAGAACUCUACUUUAGUGGACGGUCUGACAGCUCUUAACAUCCAGCAAUAUGAACCAAUAGAGGAAAUAUCCGACAUCAAAGAAGACAAUUCCAGGGGCGAUUUGGACCCCAACAAGAAGACAUCAACUCCAUCCAGUAAAGGGAGAAAUACUAUGCUUCAUCAAAGAUUCAUACCUGACGUAUCAUCAAUAGAAGGUGAUGCCUGUGCAAUGCCAACCAUUGACGUUAUGCAGUCUCUGACUUCAACCACCCUCGCUGACAAGAUGAAAUCCUCAUCUACUCAGAAGUUAGCUGAGCUAAGACCUGUCACUGCUCCUUCUGAGACAAAAGGCCCUGCUCCUAGAUCCGUCUACAGCAUCUCAGCCAGUUCUGAUGAUGAUUUGCCCACACCCCUGGGCAUCAGGGGCAGGAAAGCCUUCACCAUUGAGAGGGCAUCACCUAGGAUGUCACCCAGGCUGUCAUUUGGUCAGUAUCCCAAAGCUGCCACUAAGAUGAUAUCAAACAGCCAGAAAAAGACAUCAGUGGUCUCAGCAGGCAACCUGUCAAGAAAUGACAGUAGCAGCAACAAGCACGUCAAGUUUCUGCUUUCCAACAAGGCUCAUGAGGUCCUCCCUGAGCCGGAUCCAAGCAGGUCAUUGAGUAUUGUGAAUCUUCCUGAAUUGCCGCUUUCAUCCAGCAUCUUGAAGAAAAGAGAGACAAUGACUGGAGAGCGGAGAACAUCAUUUGCCUCCAAGAUAGAAGAGCACACUAAGCAGUCGUCUAAACAGGAGAAGCAGCAGACUGGUAGGACCAGAAUGACCAGCACACCACAGAAACAUUCUAGAAGGAGCAAGGGAGCACACAUGCUGGCAUUGUCUUUUGAUGUUUCAUCAGUGGAUCUUCCCUCCUGUAGUGAUGAUGACGUGAUCACUCAGCCAUCCAACCACCAGACUGAAUCCAAGACUACAGCUGUAGUGACUGAUCGUGAGGCAGAAGAGGAAGAAACAAUUACUGCUGCUGGUCAGAGUACACAGGAACUAAUGGACUUUGAGCCGAUACCUAUGCAGGCCUCAACCUCCAUCAACAGCCAACCACUUCAUCUUUCCCAAGUCAUCCAGGAAGACACCAGACCAGCUAACCUAGAGUCACAACUCAGUGACAAUGCUACCAAGCACCUAGCCUUAGCCACACAAAGGGCUACAAGUAACCCUGAAGCAAUUCAGCAUCCGGCCCCGGCUACUCAAAGGUACCGUCAAGCUCAACACCCAUCCAUUGCUACUCCACAACAAAACGCUUGCCAACGGGCCGAACAUCCAGUCAGAGCUACUGAUGAUCAGCGUUGUCAUCGAUUACAAGAGGCUAAGAAAUCCCUGCGUUUCAUCCAAGCUACACCCAGCAUGCGGGCUAGUCAUCAGGAGGCACAGAACCUAGUCCAGGGUACCCAACACCCACUUCAGGGUACCCAUGAUGAGUUCAACCCACAGGGGGAUUUCCACCCAGUCAGUGGUACAGAUGAUCUGUGUAGUCCCAAUGGUCCCGAUAUAGAAAGCCAACAGGAGACAGAAUACCCAGCUCCUGAUAAAGAUGAUAUGUGUGUCCCCCAGGGAGCCGAAAACCCAGUUUAUGGUACCCAUGAUCAGUUGAGCCCCCGGAACACCCAGUACCCAGAUGAUAGCACCCUUGGUACUAAGGAGGCAGAGCAUCCCAUCCAUGCAACCCCAAAAUCUCAGCUGAAGAGGAGCAGUCCCAAUGGAGAUCUUCCUGGCAGGCCUAAUAAGAAGAAAUUCCUGAAGAAAGAUGCAUCUGAUGAAAUAAUGGUGACCACGCCACAGACAUGUGACCGUGCAACCCAGAAGGACUUCCCCAGACAACAGAAGAGGCUUGACUACGUAGACAAGGCAGUGGGCCUGCCAGAAUGCAUAUUUUCACAGCUCGGCCCUACACCAUACAGACCAGCCAAAUUCAGACAGUACAUCGACACUGUCAAUGUGAUGGACUAUGACAAGAUUAAGAAUUUGCCACAAGACAUAUUUGAGACAAUUCCCGAUGCCGUGUUCUCCUGAAGAUAAU